UGUCUGCAUUAUAUGAUAUGUGGACAAUUUUAAAAGUGAAACGACUUCCUUUGUUUUCAUAUUGAAGCAAUGCGUGAACGAAUAGAAAUGGAAAAUAUUUUGGAGCGUCUGUUAUUUUGACAUUCUGGUGAUUGGGAGCAUAAAGGUGAAAAUAUACCUCGACUUCUCAUGAUGAUGAAUUCAGAAAAUUAAGAAACCCACCAAAAAGCGACAUUUCGGGAGACAAUGUGGUCUGGGAUGUUUAACAUUAGGUCCAUGGAGCAGAAAAAGACUAAGGAUCACCCUUAAAGAAUGACAUGUUUUCUACAAUCGUUUAUCUUAUCGGCAUUGAAUGGAAUUCUACUCAUUGGCUCAGCAUAUAUCAGUAAAUCAGCAGUUAAUAUUUUUGUAUCUGGAUUACCUAAUGAGAGCCUGUUUCAAACGGCAAAUAGUUCACGGAGGUCUACUGUACAUCUCGGUGGCCCGAUUAAAGUAGAAGCACAUCACACUUCAUUCCGGAAAGAAAACAUCUUAAUUCCAACAGAAAUCGAAAACUACCAGUCCUUUCGCCACGCAAGGAAUGCUAUGGAUUCGAACAGCAAAGAUAGUGGUACAGAACAGGAAUACAUUCCAAGAAUCUCCAACGACAAAAGCCUUAUGGACUUUUCUUCCUCAAACACUACAUACAAUUCCCCGACUUUCAUAAAAUCAUUCGAUCAUCCUAGCAUAAUUUUUUUCAAAAGAGUGUCCGUAAAUGGAAGUAGUAAUGGCACAGAAGAUGGUGUGAAAUUAAAUACGUUUUUAUUAAAUGAAAACUGUAGUGAAACAUGUGAACUUGUUUUAAAUCCUACCAACAAAUAUCAAACCGUUGAUGAAUUAGUGACUGAAAUUUUCGAAUCUUUAAAAAAGGAAUUCUUUGAACACCGACUGGAAAAUGAAACUAAAUAUUAUGACUAUUACCCUGUCACUUCCAAUACUUCUGAUAUAAGCAACUUCUUAGGUUAUAAUCUAACUGUUAUGUUUGAUUGUUACAUAUCACAAAAUGAUGAGUUAAAAAUAACAUGUUACAAUGUUUCUUUGUAUGAGGUAUCGGAAUAUAUACCAGUUGAAACAAGAGAUUUAGACAUAUCCGAUAGUCCAGCAAUGAUCUUGACAAAGCCACUUUUCCCACAUUUAACAAAUUUAACAACGCUAAGACUACACAACAAUCGUCAUCGAUAUAUUACCAGAGCCUUUACUGGACUUCAGAGACUAGAAUCAUUAGACCUUAGUAAAAAUAAUAUCCAAGUUCUUUUUAGGAAGCUAUUUGAUUUCACCCCGAAUCUUAAAUCAUUAAAUUUGUCCAUGAAUUCAAUCUUGAGGUUGGAGACAAUAGCAAUUGCGCUCGGUAAAUUACAAUAUUUUGAAAAUUUGACUUUAGACAAUAACCUUCGUAUUAAACGAAUACUCAAAUCAGAACUUGAACCUUUAAGAAACACUAAACUUCUAACAUUUAGUUUGUUUAGCUCAACCCUUAAUACAAUUGAAAAAGGUGCAUUUAAACAUCUGCCUUUCUUGAAAAUUUUAGACUUAUCAUUAAAUUACAUGAAUGAGAAUGCUUUAACAAAUGUUACCAGCAGUGUUCAAAGUUCACUUGAAUAUCUGGGAGCAGUGUCCUUAGUUGGUUUAAAUUGGUUUCCUGUUGAAUCCUUACUUUAUCUGCAAAAUACUUCAAUAUAUCGUCUAGAUCUUUCAAGUAAUUUCUUUACUCAGGUACCCGAACUUCCAUCUCUCCCAUCUCUUAAAUCCCUUUGGCUUUCUUAUUGCUCUCUAAAUAUAAUUCAGAUAGGAGCAUUUGAUAAUUUACCAAAUUUAGAAGAAUUAGUACUUAGCAACAAUGAGCUUAUAACACAUCCUGUUAGAGAUACAUCACUAAAUAAUUUAAGAACAUUAAUAUUAAAAAGACAAGUAUCUAGGUAUAGCAUAAAAUUUAGUUUGCCUGACUUUGCAUUUAAAAAUAGUAAUCGUCUAGAAAUAUUAGAUCUGUCAAAUACAUUAAUUGAUUCCAAGCUGUCACGCUAUUCUUUGCAUGGCUUAAAAAGUUUGCGAUUAUUAGAUUUGUCAGUAACUAAAAUUCUAGAAAUUGAAGAUUAUGCAUUUGAAACACUAUUUUCAUUAGAAUUCCUUGUUCUUAAUGGAAACUCUUUGCGUUAUCUGACCAAUUUCACUUUCUUUGGGUUACAAAAUUUGACUCAUCUUUACCUUUCUUCUAAUUACUUACAGUUCUCUUACCCAGUGUACCCUUUAAAACAUUUACCAUUCUUGAUGACUGUAUUUUUCCACAAUAAUAAAAUAGUGUCAUUUCCAAAAGGAUUUUUCAGCAGCAUUUACAAUUUAAAAGUUCUGAUCAUGUCAAACAACGCUCUUGUGCCAUGGUCUGAGGAAAUUUUCAAUAAGAAUUCUUCCUUAACCGCUCUAAGUUUGUCAGGAAACCAAUUAAGUUAUGUUACUCCUUCGAUGCUCUCUGACUUCAAACAAGUUAAUGAAUUUUUAGAUAUAACUAGAAACCCAUUCAAUUGCUCAGUGUGCGGAAUGGAAGAAUUUCAACAUUUUUUGAAAUCCUCAAAUUUAACCUUUAAUGUGCAAAUGAGUGGAGAAGAAUUGGAUUCUACUCUUAUGUGUACAGAACCAGCAUUUCUGAGAGGCCAGCCAUUUUUAGAUAUCGAAAUGACAUUGAUACAGUGUUCAGAGAUGCAGGAAGAAGUCUUAAGUUUAUUUAGCUUGUUAAUAAUAGUUCUUGCAUUGUUGUUUAUUACAAUAGCUAUAUGUAUGUGCUAUUUCUUCAGAUGGUAUAUUCGGUAUUGGGUUUUUCACGUUAAAGCAAAAGUGAAAGAAAAAAUUAGGCAUGACUUUGAAAAUGAACAGCGCUAUGCGUUUGAUGCUUUUGUAUCUUACAACUCGCACGAUAAUUAUUGGAUUGCUAAAUAUCUCGUUCCUUCAUUAGAACAUAAAGAUCCAAAAUACAAACUUUGCGUUCACGAGCGUGAUUUUCAAGUCGGCCGCUUGAUAACUGAAAAUAUUUUAGAAGCGAUUGAAGCCAGUCGAAAUGUUAUUUUAAUUUUAACUGAAGAUUUUAUUAAGAGCGAAUGGUGCAUGUUCGAAUUACAUAUGGCACAGCACAGGCUUUUUGAUGAUACAAGAGAUUGUCUUAUUUUAGUCAAAUUAAAAGACAUCGAUAGGAAAAUUUAUACCAAAAACUUGAUGUACUUAGAGAAGACAAGAACUUGCUUAACGUGGACAGAGGACAAGACAGGCCAAAAGUUAUUUUGGGAAAGAAUGAGAAGAGCUUUAGGUCAUCCUUUGAAAGUGUCCUUUUCUACAGAUAUAUGCAUAACUUGAAUAUUAUGCAAUAACUUUACCAUGAAAUUCAUUAUAAAAGUUGUUUUACGUAUAUGUUUCUAUCCUUAUUAAAUAAUGCAACAACUUUAAACAGAAAUGAAGACUGACACUCAAAGAAAGAACGAAGACUGGUGCCACUUAUAAGCAAGUGGAUUGUAUUUAAAUUCUGUCAAAUCCCCCUUCUCCCGAUUGAUUUAACAUUCUGUGCCUGCAUAUGAUCGCUCGAAGUUCUAGUUAAUUUGGCUUAUUAGAAAAUUUCUGAAAAUCAAGAUCGUUCUACUAUAAGUUUGCUUAGAUUUUAGAAGAGGACAUAUUCUGAACAGCUAAGAAUGAAAAACAGCUGAAAUGAAGUCUGCCAAAUUAUGCAGAGCAUAUUUUGGACUUCCUAAAGUACUUCAUUUGUUUUUCAUCCUAUGCAGAUUGUUAUCUAAAGAAAAAUAUCUUCAUCCAAGACGUCUUUGUGAAAAACUUUUGCUUAUUAUAUUUCAUAUUAAAAUAAAUGUUUUCAUAU